GUUACAGCCUCUUCCUGGUGGCGGCACACGAGUUCGGCCACUCGCUGGGCCUGGAGCACUCCAGCAUCCGGGAAGCCCUCAUGUACCCCAUGUACACCUACCUGGCCGACCUCCAGCUUGACCUUGGUCGAGGAUCAGGCCCUCAGCCCACGCCGCCCAGCCCCCCUCCCCAGGACCCCACCGAAUCUGGGGACUCCUCCACCGUGGACGACGAUGGCUCUUCCGUGACCGAGACCCCUGCUGGGGACGGCCGGAGCAGCGCCUGCCGCCUGGGGGGCUUCGACGGGGUGGGCGAGAUCCAGAAGGUGCUGCACUUCUUCAAGGACGGGCAAUACUGGCGCAUGUCGGGCACUGGGGCCGGCCCCCUGGAGGGCCCCCUGCGCAUCCAGAGCACCUGGCCGGCCCUCCCGGAUGUGAUUGACGCGGCUUUCCAGGACCCUCUGACCAAGAAGCGCUUCUUCUUCUCAGGCCAGCGCUUCUGGGUGUCCCAGGGGCCACGCCUGGUCGGCCCUCGGAGCCUGGACAAGCUGGGCAUCGCGAGAGACGUGCGCAAGAUUGUGGGGAGCCUGAUUCGGACGAAGGGGAGGGUCCUGCUCUUCAGCGGAGACCAGUUCUGGAG